ACUGCACUCCAGGCGUGCUCUCUGUUCUUCCGCAGCCCGGAGGCUUCCCACUGCAGCCGGCGCCCUAAGGUCAGUGCCCAGGAAGCCAUGGCGAAGUCCAGGGGCCGCCUCUACCUUUGGAUGUGCUUGGCUGCAGCGCUGGCAUCUUUCCUGGCGGGAUUCAUGGUGGGCUGGUUCAUUAAACCAAUCAAAGAAACAGCCACUUCACUGCGCUAUCAUCAGAGUAUACGGUGGAAACUGGUAUCCGAGAUGAAAGCUGAAAAUAUUAAAUCAUUUCUCCGUUCUUUUACAAAGCUUCCUCAUCUGGCAGGAACAGAACAAAAUUUACUGCUUGCCAAGAAAAUCCAAACCCAGUGGAAGAAAUUUGGACUGGAUUCAGCCAAGUUGGUUCAUUAUGAUGUUCUCCUAUCUUACCCUAAUGAGACAAAUGCCAACUAUAUAUCAGUCAUGGAUGAACAUGGAGUUGAGAUUUUCAAAACAUCAUACCUUGAACCGCCACCAGAUGGAUAUGAGAAUGUUACAAAUAUUGUACUGCCAUAUAACGCUUUCUCAGCCCAAGGCACACCAGAGGGAGAUCUUAUAUAUGUGAACUAUGCUCGAACUGAAGAUUUUUUCAAACUAGAAAGAGAGAUGAGCAUCAACUGCACUGGAAAGAUUGUUAUUGCAAGAUACGGGAAAAUCUUCAGAGGAAAUAAAGUUAAAAAUGCCAUGUUAGCAGGGGCCAUAGGAAUCAUCUUGUACUCAGAUCCAGCUGACUACUUUGCCCCUGGGGUACAGCCGUAUCCUAAAGGAUGGAAUCUUCCUGGCACUGCAGCCCAGAGAGGGAAUGUGUUAAAUUUGAAUGGUGCUGGUGAUCCCCUCACUCCAGGCUAUCCAGCUAAAGAGUACACCUUUAGACUUGAUGUUGAAGAAGGAGUGGGAAUCCCCAAAAUCCCUGUGCAUCCCAUUGGAUAUAAUGAUGCUGAAAUAUUAUUACGCCAUAUAGGAGGAAGCGCUCCACCAGAUGAGAGCUGGAAGGGGAGUCUUAAUGUGGAUUACAAUAUCGGGCCUGGCUUCACAGGGCAUGAUUCUUUCAGGAAGGUUAGAAUGCAUGUUCAUAACACCAAUAAAAUUACGAGAAUUUACAAUGUAAUUGGAACCAUCAGAGGAUCUGUGGAACCUGACAGGUAUGUUAUUCUGGGAGGUCAUCGGGACUCCUGGGUGUUUGGAGCUAUUGACCCAACCAGUGGGACUGCUGUUUUGCAAGAAAUUGUCCAGAGUUUUGGAAAACUGAUGAGUAAAGGCUGGAAACCUAGAAGGACUAUUAUUUUUGCCAGCUGGGAUGCAGAAGAAUUUGGACUGCUGGGUUCCACAGAAUGGGCUGAGGAGAAUGCGAAAACACUCCAGGAGAGAAGCAUUGCUUAUAUCAACUCAGAUUCAUCUAUAGAAGGCAAUUAUACUCUCAGAGUUGACUGUACACCCCUUCUUUACCAAUUAGUAUAUCAACUGACAAAAGAGAUCUCCAGCCCCGAUGAUGGUUUUGAGAAUAAAUCUCUUUAUGAAAGCUGGUUGGAAAAGGACCCUUCGUCUGAAAAUAAAAAUCUUCCUAGAAUCAAUAAGCUGGGAUCUGGAAGUGAUUUUGAAGCUUAUUUUCAGAGACUUGGAAUUGCUUCGGGCAGAGCCCGUUACACUAAGAAUAGGAAAACAGAUAAGUACAGCAGCUACCCAGUAUACCAUACAAUUUAUGAGACAUUUGAAUUGGUAGAGAAUUUCUAUGACCCAACAUUUAAAAAACAGCUUUCUGUGGCUCAGUUACGAGGAGCCCUGGUUUAUGAGCUUGCAGACUCUAAAAUCAUUCCUUUCAAUAUUCAAGACUAUGCAAAAGCUUUAAAAAACUAUGCAACAAGUAUCUACAAUUUAUCCAAGAAACAUGACCAACAGCUGAGAGACCAUGGAGUAUCAUUUGAUUCCCUGUUUUCUGCUGUGAAAAACUUCUCAGAGGCUGCUUCAGAUUUUCACAGAAGACUUACCCAAGUUGAUCUUAAUGAUCCCAUUGCAGUGAGAAUCAUGAAUGACCAGUUGAUGCUCCUGGAAAGAGCAUUCAUCGACCCCCUUGGUUUGCCAGGGAGGCAGUUCUAUAGGCACAUCAUCUUUGCUCCAAGUAGCCACAACAAAUAUGCUGGAGAAUCAUUUCCUGGGAUAUACGAUGCUAUGUUUGAUAUUGAAAAUAAAGCAGACCCUCGUUCCGCCUGGACAGAAGUAAAGAAACACAUUUCUGUUGCAGCCUUUACAAUUCAAGCAGCAGCAGGGACUCUGAAAGAAGUGUUAUAAUAAGGUCUCAGCCAAGUGACUAGCCAUUAAAAACUGUUACUGAAAGUCUGAGGAUAAAAUCCAUCUUUCUUUCUAAUAACUCAUGAAGCCAGAGUCUUCUAAAAUCUUGCUUUUCAUGUCAUGUUUAUUUUAGACUUCCACCUUGUUCAUCUGCAAAGAGUUUUUUGCCUCUUUAAAAAUUCAUAACUUCAUCAGCAAAGUGUUAAUGUAAUAAAACAAAACAAAAAACUCCGGUCAUGUGGCAGAAAGAGAGAAAGUAACUAAAAAUUCCCUAAAAUAAAAUAUGGCAAGGAACUUGAACUUUCAGACAUUGCUGGUAGGAAUGUAAAACCGUAAAACCACUCUGGAAAACAGUUUGGCGGUUUCUUAUGAAGUUAAAUAAAUAUAGUUACUUUAUGACUCCAAAAUUCCACUUGUAGGUAUUUACUAAAGAAAAGCAAAAACAUAAUCACAAGAAGACUCUUACAUGCAUGUUCAUAGCAGUUUAAAAAGGAAACAACCCAAAUGUCCAUCAACAGAUGAGUGGAUAAAUUGUGGUAUGCUCACAAUGGAAUAUGGCUCAGCAAUGAAAAUGAGAUAGCUGCCAAUACAUGUAAUAUUAUUGGCAGACAUUGUUGAGGGAAAGAAGCCAGAAACAAGAGAAUACUUCGUAUAUGAUUCUAUUUAUAUGAAGAAGAGGCAAAACUAAUCUAUGGUGUUCGAAAUUAGAUGGGUGAUUGCCUGAGGCAAGUAAGGAGAGGGAGGAGAUUGGCUGCAAAGAGGCAUAGGGAAACUUUCUGGGAUGAUGGGCAUUUUCUGUAUCUUGAUCUGGGUGAUGGUUACACAGGCAUAUACAUUUGUUAAACCUCCUAAAACUGUAAACUUAAAAUGUGUGAAAAUUUUACCUCAAUAAAUUCGA